UUUACGCGUCGCCUGCGAAUUAUUUCCACGUUACUAACUUAAUAAAAUGGUUGAUUAACGACGGCUCCGCGCGCCCUCGUCGCCUGGUGUGUCGUCUCUCCCUGUGUACGUUCCGCCGCUGUUAAUUCCCUGUUGGUAAGUGCGAUGCUCUCAAAGAAGGAGAAGGCGCUCAUUGCAGAAAUAUGGGAAAGUCUGAGUCCAGUGGCCGAAGAUAUUGGGUCAGAUGCGCUGCUUAGGAUGUUCGCCUCCUUCCCAGGCACCAAGACCUACUUUUCUCAUCUAGACAUCAGUCCUAAUUCCUCCCACCUACGCACUCACGGGAAAAAGAUUGUGCUGGCCAUAGCAGAUGGAGCCAAAGACAUCAGUCAGCUGACUGUCAGCCUGGCUCCUUUGCAGACCUUGCAUGCGUACCAGCUCCGCAUAGACCCCACCAACUUUAAGCUCUUCUCUCAGUGCAUGCUGGUCACCCUGGCCUGUCACCUGGGGGAAGACUUCACGCCAAUUGCACAUGCAGCGAUGGACAAGUACCUGUCAGCGUUUGCAGCUGUGCUCGCUGAGAAGUACAGAUGAGGCCGAGCCACAAGACGAACAAAGAACCUUUCUUACGCUAAAACAUAUGUUUUAAACUAUUUGUGUGUAUUACUAUUUUUAAUAAUAAAAUGUGCAAUGAACCUGAAA